AUGAAAAGACACUCACAUCCUGCCGCUAAACCAUAUGCUGUUUGGAAAGAGCAAUUCAUUGAGGAUCGCUGCUGUACACAGGAGGAGAUUCGGCGCGAGUUUCUCUAUGCUUCAAUUCCGCACAUUCUUCUGAAUAUUUUAUUGAUUCUCUAUUGGUAUAUUGGAGCGUUGAUUUUUCACAAGAUUGAGCCUCGAAUCCACUACAAAAGCAUUCAUGAAGCAGCACUUUUCUGCUUCAUCACCACCUCGACGAUUGGUUGGGGUAACAUAGUGCCGGCGACGUACUACGGAAAAUGCUUUAUCAUGUUGUACAUAUUGAUUGGAACCCCACUCACCUAUGUGGUACUCGGAAACAACGGGCAAUUCCUCGUCGAUCUUUACUGGAUCUUGCGGAGGAGUUACUCGAAAAAAGAGGGUGAGAUCUUCGGCGGUGAGAUGCCGCUUCACAUCUCCUACGGCCUUUUACUCUUUCACAUUUUUCUUGGCGCUCUUUUGUACAGUUUAUGGGCGGAUAACAAAGAUUUUUUUGAGUCUUUCUACCUCACUUUCAUUUCAAUUACAACAAUCGGUUAUGGAGACGAAAUCCCGGCCACUGAUCGACGCUGGGAAUUCUACGUGACAAUGGCUUAUUUGGCGAUGGGUGUGAUCAUCGUGACAAUGGUGAUCAGCUCAAUGCAAGGCGUUUUUCAGAGUAUGCAUAAUAUUGGAAGAAACGGAAUCGUUUUCGGCGCUGAGGCGGCCGAGAUCUGGUUCGGUGGACAGGCGAUGAAAGUCGCGGAUUUGGUGCAAAUUGUGGCUGAGCAUUUCAGUGUUGAGCCUGAGAAGUUGCGCGCUGUUUUGCGCGAUCUUGACGCAAUUCUGCAAGCUGCUACGGAUACAGAGAGCAAUGAUGGCGAUGCUUCUCCAAGAACGACAUUGAGAGAGUUCAGCUGUGACAGUCAACAAUUGACAUUAACGUCACUCAAUCGCUCAGUUCCCCCAUUGGUUCUUCUAUCAAGACGACGAUCCGAAGCCAGCGCACUUAACGCUCAAUUAACUGUGCACAGUGUUGGGAGUCAUCAAUUACAAGCUGCAAAAAUCGGAAGCAUUAAAGCGAAAGAAUUCGAAAGGCGAGAAACGGCCGAGUCUGCAAGUUGUUCGUUU